AUGGCAGCGGUGGCACCUGCCUGGCUGCUGGGUCUCUUCCUUCUGCGAACGACAGCCGCGGAGGAAGCCUUUGAGGACAACGGCGUACGCUGUCAGUACCGGCAGAUCAAGGACAAGGCCUUCUCGGGGCUCACUGUUUGGUUGAAGUUUCCCACGGAGGAUGAGGCCAAACACUUUUGUGACGUACAUCAGGACUGCGUCGGUUAUCACUUGCAUCCUCACACGCGCUUGUGGUACGUCCAUCCUCCCAACGCCGAACUCACAGCGGACGAGAUCACCAAGGGCUUCGUGGCCUACAAAAAGCGCAAUGCCAGUCUCCGAGCCUCGCCCGAAGAGAAGCGCAGUCUGUCGGAGGACACAGAUGACAAGGAAAAGGCGUCCAUGGAGGAAACUAUGAAACCAUUGUCUCAGGUCUACAAUGAUCGAACCACAGGGCUUCUGGGCUGCCCUCUUUCCGUCCCCAAGUACUCACAGCGCCUCAAGGGCUCCGAGAGCCCUCCGCGGGAGCGGCGCCGGGUGAGUCCACGGCCUGCACCGCAAAAGGAUUUCGAGCGAGCGUGGGAGCGUUGUCAUCAUGACCUGUAUGAGGAUGCGUUUGCAAGACAGCAACGCCUCAGGGACAUGCAGUCCUAUGUCAAGCAGAUGGAGGAAGACGAUCACAAGACUCGUGUGAUUCAGUGCCAGGAGGGUAUGAAGCAACGCCGGCGCUACUAUCGUGGACGCCCCGUGGAUGGCCGUGGCCACUUGGAACGCGAAGAGGAGAACCUGCGACGGCGCCAAGAGCAUCAAACCAGGUGUGUAGAGGAGCAGAGGAUGAGGGAGUUGGAUGAGUUGCGGGGCUGCACCUUCCGACCCUGCUUGGUGAAGAAGCUGGGCUCAUCGCCCACCACACCACGGCAGCCAGGCUCGUCGCCACAUGGAUUGGCUUCAUCCUUGAUGGAUGAUGCUGCCUCCAGUGUCGGAGGAUACAGUGUGGAGUAUGCCACCACGAAGUUGCGAAACUUGGUGGAGGCUCAACAGCAGGCCUAUGCCAAGUUGCAAGCGCUGGCACACGAAGAAGGUCCCUUGAAGGAGCGGCUGCGUGUCCUGCACAGCGAGUUGCACGAGCGCAUCCAGAGGGAAGAAACCAGCCGGGUGGUGAGUAUGUUGCAAGAUGCGGAUUCCGGUUCGGCAUCGCAGAAGGACUUGGUGCAGCGUGUGCGGGACAUGGUUGCUGAGGGACAGGAGCCAGAGAGCGCUCAACAGAUGAUUGUCGAGGCCUCCAAGCGGGGGACCUCAUGGUAUGAUCCUCGACCGAAACAAAAGCGGCGCCGGGCGACAUCGAAUGACUCGAGGGAUUCUAGGGACUCCAGAGACUCACGUCCUUCAAAUCCUUCCAAUCAAGUGAAGUCUCCUUCGCAACCGGAGAUCUCUUUCCAAGAAGCCAGGAUUGCAGCCUUAGAGGAGAAAUUGCGAAAUGCCCUACGUGCAGUGACCAGCGAACGCAAUCAGCGUCAGAAGGCUGAGAAGGAGCGGACAAAAUGGAAGGAACUCCUGACCAAAGUGUCACAAGAAAAUGCCAAGUUGAGGGCAGAUUUGCAGACGCAAAAAGGCAUCUCCAGCAUUGUUCUGAGUCAUGGUGCUUGCUGGCAAUAUGAAAUCGAUGGGACUUGGCAUGCGCUGCCCCCUGAAGGAAAUGAUAAGAUGCACGAGGCGUAUUUGGCAUAUAUUCGCCAGAAACCAGGCAGUCGACAUGCCACUAUCAGUUCUGGUGGAGUAGCUCGUAUUGUCGAUUUCGAGCUGAUGCAACAGAAACAUGUCUCCACGCACAGGGUGCGUGGGAUUCGCAUUCUACCAGGAGUCCCUUCACAAUGGGUCACCAAGACAGAGGCAUUGCUUCAACAGGGCAAUGAUUUGCAGGCUUUCUAUGUGGAGGUGAAUGACCCGCACAUCCAUGCUGCCAUUGAGAAGGUCCUACAGACUACAGGCCAUGCAAAGGCGGAUGUUGCCACGGCAUGUUCUCUGAUGAGCACGGCACGCAUUCAAUCGGUGCACCGCAUCGAGAAUUUUCGGCUUUGGCACAGAUACCAGGCCAGGCUUGCAGCAAUGCGACAGGAUCAUGCCAUCAACGACGUUUCGGUCAGAUCUGCUGCCAUUGAUUUGGAUGGCAACGGGCAAGUGAUGACCAACUCCCAAGCAAUUUUCGACUGCGGAGAGGCACUGGCAGCUGACCUUGACGAGAAAAUUCUCCUGCAUGGCACCUCUUGGGGAAAUGCUGACUCAAUCGUCCAAGAUGGCUUUGACAAUCGCACCAGUCAGCGUGCCAUGUAUGGUGGCGGGGUAUACUUCGCAUGUGCUGCAUGUAAGAGCCAUCAGUAUACCUGUCAGGAGCUGGUAAUGCAGUCGCAGGAUGAGGUGCGUCGACGUGUGGUGGAGAGCUUUGGCCCCAUGCGGCUGGAGGUUGAGGGAGAACUCUACAGCCGUCAGCUGGCAGUGGCCCAUGAAUUGGAAGCAUUGGAAGCGAAAGCCAUUUCUCUACGUGGUGGCACUCUUUGCGAAGAGGCAAAAUCUUUGGGUUUCGACUUCAACUUGGCCGCUCAGGUGCGUCAGAACCUGCGCAGUGCGCCCGGCAUCCGUCGCACCACCUCAGUGGGGAGUGGCAGCAGUGCCUAUCCGCCUCGUAUGAGCUCCGCCAUGUCGCGAGUGGAUUCCAGCAUCAGCAGCCAGGCAGAGGUGACUACCUUAAACGGCCCCAAGCUCGCCCAGGGCAAGGCUGGGCCGACUGAGAGCCCUGGCUCAACCAAGCGGAUUCCAGAUCCGGCGUCUCAAACGGCGCCACCUGCUGGAGAUUCGUCACCUAUCAGGAGACUUCAGCAGGGCCAGCGUGUGCUCUUGCCCAACGGCAUGGUUGCCUUUGCGAUGCCGGUGACCAACGACAAUGCCACAGCGUCUCCCAGACGAUUGAUGCAUAUGAUGACCGGGCCGUUGCCCUCUACCUCAGCGGAGCCCCCUGGUGGUGUGUCGCAGGCAUGUGAAGGCUCUCCACGGGGGUUUCAGGCAGACGCGGUACCAGCGCAGGACUCGCCUUCUCGAAGAUUGCAGUUGGCGAGCACUUCCAGCCUGCAGGAGAUAUCCCCCAGACAGCAAGAGGGUGAUAUGUCACCGAGAAGAAGGGUUCAAAUGUCAAACCCACCAGCAGAAGUGAUCUUGGAUGGUUCGGCCCGCCCGUAUCAGGGAGAGAUGGUCUCACCUCGGCAGAGCAUGGCCAGCAUUGCCUCUAUGGGCAGCUACCAGGCGCCACCUUCGGAUGGCAAUGUGUCUGUGACGGCUGGUUCACCCGCCCAGCAGCAUCGCACGAGCGAGGUUCCUGUGAGCAAAGUGGUGAGCACUGCCAGCAGCCGAGCUGGCUCGCAACAGGCCUGCAGCUGUAGUGAUGGACACAUUCGACUCUUGUGGUGGCAGUUUACCCGUCAAAUUGGGAUCGCGCCAGUCUGUGGUGUUUGCCACAACUUUCGCUACAAGGAGCCGCCACCUGCCAGCAUCGGCGGCAUUGCACGGCAGACCUUGGCACAAAGCCAGCCGCAGCUGCCCCCUGCUGGCUAUGUGCCGCAGGCUGCCAUGGCAGCUUCCGUGCCCACCCCACGUCCGGCGCUGGGAAUGGCCACACAGCCCGCCAUGGCCGCCAUGGCCAUGGCUGCCACACAGCCAGGGUUGCAGCCUGCGGUGGGGUCCAUGACCGUACCUGCAAGGCCGUUGAUGCCUAUGAGGCCGAUGCAGCCUAUGCAGCCUAUGCAGCCGAUGCAGCCUAUGCAGCCUAUGCAGGCACAGCUCCUCCACCCAACUGAUUUUGCUAAGCUGUUUCCGUUUAUCCCAACGAUAACUGCAUCAAUUGUGGAAACUUUCCUGUGUAGAUAUAUAACAAUUAUAUACAUGUACAUUACAUGCACUGCAUAA